UUCGUUCGAUGCGACGUAGUUUUGGAGGCGUUGGCUUGUUCACUGUUAUCAGUCUGCUUUGGAGAACCUGAGACGAAGAAGAAGACGACCUUAAUAAUCUUUUGGAGUAACCGGAGUCAAAUACUCUGAAACUGUUUUUUAUUUCAUUUACAACGUAAAGUAAUUUGAACCUAUCGAAAUGAUCAAAAACGGCCACCACGCCACCAGCGACCAGCAGGAUGACGCCGGUCGUAAGCCGGGUGGUUCAGUGUGCAGCCCGGAGAAAAGGAAGCGCGUCGUCCGGCUGUGGUGUGACGGCUGUUAUGACAUGGUUCACUACGGUCACUCCAACCAGCUGCGGCAGGCCAAAGCCAUGGGAGAUUACCUCAUAGUUGGAGUGCACACAGAUGCUGAGAUUUCCAAGCACAAAGGUCCUCCGGUCUUCACUCAGGAAGAACGCUACAAGAUGGUACGGGCCAUCAAGUGGGUGGAUGAGAUGGUUGAAGGAGCGCCUUACGUCACCACCCUGGAGACUCUGGACAAGUACAACUGUGACUUUUGUGUGCACGGAGAUGACAUCACGCUGACAGUAGAUGGUAAGGACACAUAUGAAGAGGUGAAGCGUGAAGGCCGUUACCGGGAAUGUAAACGCACACAGGGCGUCUCCACCACUGACCUGGUGGGACGAAUGCUUCUCAUGACCAAAGCCCAUCAUAGCAACAUGGAUAACCCAGAUUAUCAGCAGCAUACAGACAACUUUGGAAAAGGCCCUAAAGGCCACAGUCCAUGGACAGGAGUGUCACAAUUCCUUCAGACUUCCCAGAAGAUCAUUCAGUUUGCUUCAGGAAAGGAACCUCAGCCCGGAGACACCAUCAUCUAUGUGGCCGGGGCAUUCGACCUCUUCCACAUUGGCCAUGUUGACUUCUUAGAGAUGGUCUAUAAGCAGGCGGAGAGGCCCUACGUCAUCGUUGGUCUGCACUUUGACCAGGAAGUGAAUCGGUACAAGGGGAAGAACUAUCCAAUCAUGAACAUCCAUGAGAGGACACUGAGUGUCCUGGCCUGUCGGUAUGUGUCGGAGGUGGUGAUUGGUGCUCCCUAUGCAGUGGGCAAAGACCUGCUGGAUCAUUUUAAGGUGGACCUGGUGUGUCAUGGCAAGACAGAGGUGUUUCCAGACAAGGAUAUGUCAGACCCCUACGCUGAGCCAAAGAAGAGGGGGCUAUUCAGGACCAUCGAUAGUGGGAACAAUCUCACCACCGAUGACAUUGUCCAGAGAAUCAUUGAAAACAGGCUGCAGUUUGAAGCCAGGAACCAGAAGAAGGAAGCCAAGGAGAUGGCAGUGAUCGAGGCGAUGAAGAGGAAAGAGCAGCAGGAGUUGAGUGAAGGUGCAGACCAGGAAGCUCACUAGUGAAACCUCAGGCCUGGUUCUGUGUCUUCUUUACUCAUCCUGGUACACUCAGCUUUAAAAGGAUGGACUUAACUGACCCAGACGGACGGUCCAUGUUGUCCUAAACUGGACAGUCCACUGGAUGCGGAAUCCUGCUUUAAAUAUUUGGUGAUGCAGUAUAUCUUGCAUGCUGCUGGGUUAGCUUCUCUUAGCCUUCAUCUAUACAGACUGCUCCAGCCUAAUGCGAUUAGAAUCGAUUUGCCUGGACACGAACACAAAGAAUACCAACUCAUACUACAAUUUAACCUGCUAAAUCCCUCUCAACCUCUCUUCCUCCACAGAGAACUUUUUAAUGUCGUCUUCUGUCAUGUAUUGUUUGUUUUUUUGUCCAUGAAAUCACACACUACAUGCUCCUGUAUAGGUGUAGAAAUGGUAUAUCAAGUUUUUAAUGAGCCAUAACUUAAAAUGUUAAUGACGUUGUCAGUUAUGUUUUUAGUUUAAACCAUAUGAGUAUUUAUUUAUGUGGUCUGUUUUUUAAUACAUUGAGAAAACAUUGAUAUUUUUUAAUUUCUAGAAGUCACUAUGUUUUUGUCCAUCGUGAAAAUUAUUAUUACUGCGUUUAAUGAUCUGUGGAGUAGUCUUUUAAUUUUAACUGUGGAUUUUAACUACCCGAUUUUGCCGUGGGUGCGUGCAUGUGGGCAGGUGUGUGUGUGUGUGUGUGUGUGUGUGUGUGUGUGUGUGUGUGUGUGUGUGUGUGUGUGUGUGUGUGUCUUAGGCUUCUUCAGGAACACAUUUCAGACUGAAUACCAGUUAAUUUGGGAUGGCUUGUCCAAUCGGGGGACUAAAGUCAUGUCCCAAAUCAGGAAAAAGCUCUUCAUGGGUCAGUGGGUAAGGUUAGUUUUAGGUUAGUCUUGCAUUGCUAGACCUAUCUCCACAGCGCUGUGUCAGCACUGGAGUAUGGUCUGGCUAAAGCGCUUAUCUAUUCUAGGAUAGGGGGUAAAGAUGCUCUGGCUUGUUUGUUUUUCUUUAAACCAAUCACAACCGUCUUGGGCGGCGCUAAAUCUUGGAUGCAGCGACGGUGCCCUUGCAAAAAAAAUAUAUAGCGGAGGGAGGUAGCAAAAGGGGAGGGACAUCAUAGGCCGGAUAUCAGGCUUUAUUCCAGCAAUGUACAGACUAGGGUUAGGUUAAGGUAAGGCAAGUAGUGGUUAGGGUAAGUCUCCAGAAAAUGAAUGUAUGUCUAUAAUGUACCCAAAAGUGACCUAAGUAAAUGUGUGUGUGUGUGUGUGUGUGUGUGUGUGUGCGCACGCGAAAGAGUGAGGUUUGUGAGUAAGCGUUUGCGCUGUGAAUGAUGUGAAAUGCUGUGCCUCAGAGCUAUAACAAAAGACUGUAAUAAAAAUAGGCUAUAACUAAUGUAAGGGCUGUGAUUUGUAUCAGAAAGUCCAAACUGUGUUGCUAAAGUUGUCCUUCUCUCCCCUGUCUACUUUCAAGAAAUGUGUUUUCCAUGUCCUCUGUUCUCCUUCUUUAAAAGAAUCCAAGAACUUAAACAUUUGGGACCCAGUCCUUCAAACCGCUUUUGCAAACAUUUUUAGAUCGUAUCGAGGUUAUAAUCUGUUGCUUUUCUUGUUGUUGUAUUAGGGGGCAUUUUACAGUGUGUGUUUUUAAAGUGUGUCUGUGGGGUGGAAGGUGUGAUGGUGGCAGGCUGAGAAAUAAAUAAGUUUCUAAAUAUUUGAUGGUAGGAAUGUUCACAACCUUUCAAUCACUCUAUUGCAAUGUGUAAAUUUCCCUGUUAAUAAAUAAAUUAGUAAUGUUGCAAAGUUUC